CAUGUCAGAACUUCGCAGAUAUGGCCGAGAGCGACGGCUUUGAAGCUUUUUGCGGCGGGGUAAUAUUUAAUGAGUCACUGUUGGUGGAGAGCAGCUGGCCCCACUUUACGUCAUGUUUCCAGGAGAGUCUGGUUGUUUGGGUGCCAUGUGGCUGGCUGUGGGUCUCUCUGCCAUUCUACCUCUACUACCUCUGUCAUCAGGACGGCAUCGCCAUUCCCAUCAACCUCCUUAAUACACUCAAAACAUUUUUCAGCUUGUUCCUGUUUUUCCUGGCUAUCAUCGACCUCAUCAAGGCGGCCAGUGGCGACGGCAAGGUGCAUGAUGUUGUGUAUGUCUCCGGUGGAAUCAAAGCGGCGACAUAUUUGCUGUCGGCGAUGUUGAUCCAGUUGGAAAGGAAGAAAGGCAUCAUCACAUCUGGUGUUCUGUGGUUCUUCUGGCUCAUGACCACUCUUGCAAAUAUCAUCCCCUUCUACACCAAGAUCAUCCUGGAGGAUUACAGUGACCAUUUGUUCAGGUUCGCCCUCUUCUACAUCUACUUCGCCCUGUUGCUGACGGAGCUAGUGCUACACUGCUUUGCUGAGAAGAUGACGCGGGCUGGAUACUACGAUCUGGGCAAGAAGCCAUCUCCUGAGCAAGAAUCAUCCUUCUUCAACAGGAUCAUAUACUGGUGGAUAAACAGCAUGGUCUUCACAGGCUACAAGAAAGGCUUGGAGGAGUCCGACUUGUUUGAGCUACAUCCGAGAGACAAGAGCGAGAGAGUUGUUCCUCAGUUCAACAAUUCAUGGGACAAGGAAGUCCUAAAAACGAAACUCAUCAACGAAAAGAGGAAACGUCACUCGCGGGUACACUACCGAAACGACAUGAGCUCCAAGCACCAUAUAGACAUCCAAUCCACAAACGAGAAGACCCCCCUGCUGAAUGGUCCUGGCAAGAGCGAUGAGGUCAAGUUCAAGGGCACAAAGGACGAUGAUGGAAUCAAACUAAAGCAAGCUUCGCUCUUCAAAGUUCUUGCCAAAACAUAUUGGUUUGAGAUUUCACUAUCUUGGUUCUGCAAGUUCAUCUAUGACUUACUUCAGUUCGUCAGUCCAAUUCUGCUCAACGCUUUGAUUGGCUACACACAGAAUCGGGAAAAUGAACAGGAGUGGAAGGGCUAUGUAUUCGCCUGCUCGUUCUUCGUUGUGGCCACUGUCCAAUCUGUCUUCUUCCACCAGAACUUUCAUCUCGGCAUGACGCUUGGUAUGAGGAUCAAGUCUGCCUGUAUCUCUGCUGUCUACAAGAAGGCCCUGACCAUCAGUAACGAGGCCAAGAAGGAGUCGACCGUGGGUGAGAUCGUCAACCUGAUGUCUGUGGACGUCAAGCGCCUCCAGGACGUGACAGGGUAUCUGUGGAUGUUGUGGUCAGCGCCCCUGCAGAUCAGCCUGGCCCUCUACAUGUUGUACAACACCAUGGGAGCCUCUGUGUUCGCUGGUCCGGUUAUGGUGCUGCUCAUGCCCAUCAAUGCUUUCAUCGCUACAAAACAAAAGAACUAUCAGAUUCAGCAGAUGAAGUGCAAAGACAACAGAAUCAAGCUGAUGAACGAAGUCCUCAAUGGGAUGAAGGUGCUGAAGCUGUAUGCGUGGGAGCCGUCCUUCAAGGAGAAGGUGCUGGAGAUCCGGAACAGGGAGCUCAGCAUCCUCAAGAAGGGGGCGUACCUGCAGGCCGGGGGCACGUUCUGCUGGACCUGUGCUCCGUUCCUGGUAACCCUGGCCACGUUUGCCACGUACGUCCUGGCGUCUGAGAGUCACUACCUGGAUGCCCAGAAGGCCUUCGUAGCCCUGUCCCUCUUCAACAUCCUCCGCUUCCCCAUCAACCUGCUGCCCAUGAUGGUGACAUAUGUAGUGCAGGCUCAAGUCUCAGUGGGCCGAGUUGGCAAGUUCUUGAGGAAUGGCGACUUAGAUCCCGACAAUGUUUCUCGGGACCCUUACGCCGAAAAUGCAAUCAGUGUGAAGAAAGGUACUUUCACUUGGGACAAGACCCAGCCCACUCCUACGCUCAGGAAUGUGAACCUGGAAAUCCCUGACGGCAAGUUGCUGGCUGUGGUGGGGCAGGUAGGCGCAGGCAAGUCAUCUCUCAUCUCGGCCUUCCUGGGGGAGAUGGAGAAGAUCCAGGGAAACGUCGUCCUUAAGAGCUCAAUAGCGUAUGUCCCGCAGCAAGCAUGGAUCCAGAAUGCCACACUGCAGGACAACAUCCUGUUCGGGAAGCACUUCAACCAACGCAGAUAUAAGAAGAUCGUUGACGCCUGUGCCCUGCAACCUGACCUUGACAUUCUACCUGGAGGAGAUCAGACAGAGAUUGGAGAGAAGGGAAUCAACUUGAGCGGUGGACAAAAGCAUGUGUCGCUCGCCCGUGCUGUGUACAAUGAUGCUGACAUCUACCUCAUGGACGACCCUCUCAGCGCCGUGGACUCUCAUGUGGGGAAACACAUCUUCCAGGAAGUCGUUGGCAGCAAGGGGAUUCUCAAGUCAAAGACCCGAGUCUUGGUGACUCACGGUGUGCACUGGCUGCCAAUGGUAGAUCAGAUUGUGGUGAUGGUGGAUGGGGAGAUCUCCGAGCUGGGAUCAUAUGAAGAGCUGCUGAGUCAUGAUGGACCCUUCGCACAGUUCCUGAAAAUGUACCUCACUGAGGACGUGGAGGAUGAGGAGGACGACCCAGAGAUCCAAGCUAUGAAGUCUAAGAUACUCCAGAGAGUUGACUCCGUCACGUCUGAUGCCACAUCUGGCGAUGAACAGAUGAAAGCAACAUCACAAAGGAGGUUGAGUCGUCGGUUCAGCAGGACUGUGUCAGAGUCGGAGAAACCGGGGGCACCGGAGAAGAAGGCAGAGAAGGAGAAGGACAAGGAAAAACUGAUUGAGGAAGAAAAAUCUGAAACUGGAAAGGUGAAGGCUUCGGUGUACAUAGACUACGCUCGAGCUAUCGGCUUGUUCACGACAGUCAUGAUCUUCGUCAUCUACGGUUUGUACCAGUUUGCCAAUGUGUACUCCAGCGUGUGGCUAAGUCAGUGGACGGACGACCCGCUGCUGAUGAACGCGACGCUGGCAAACACAUCCGACUACCAGAAUCGCAACAGCAUGUAUCUCGGAGUGUACGGAGGUCUUGGUGUGGCACAAGCCAUUAUUGUCCUCUGCUACUCGCUGCUGGCAUCAACGAGGAUGGUGAGGGCCGCUGGCAACCUCCACGCCAAGAUGCUGUCCAAUAUCUUCCGCUCUCCUAUGUCCUUCUUUGACACGACACCCAUUGGCCGAAUCGUUAACCGCUUCUCUCGAGAUGUCGAGACUGUCGACAACAACCUCCCCUCACUGCUGCGCAUGUGGAUCAACACCGUCUUCUCCGUCGUCAGCACCAUCAUCGUCAUCAGCUACAGUACCCCCAUCUUCCUGGUUGUCAUCGUCCCGUUGGGAUUCCUCUACUGGUUGGUGCAGAGAUUUUACAUCCCGACUUCACGUCAACUGAAGCGUAUUGAGUCCACUACCCGCUCACCCAUCUACACCCACUUCAGUGAGACUAUCACUGGGGCAUCCUCCAUCAGGGCAUAUGGAGCCUCGGACAGAUUCUACACCGAAUCCCAGGAACGAGUAGACAGGAAUCUUGUCUUCUACUUUGCUGGCAUUGCAUCCAAUAGGUGGCUAGGAUUUAGACUGGAGUUUCUCGGCAACUGUAUCGUGCUGGCAGCAGCCAUGUUUGCAGUGGUUUCGGAGGACCUAGCUGGUGGUCUUGUUGGUCUGUCUGUCUCCUAUGCCCUACAGGUGACAGGUGCUCUCAACUGGAUGGUGCGGAUGACGUCUGACCUGGAGACCAACAUUGUGUCCGUGGAGCGCCUCAAGGAAUACUCUGAGACCCCGACAGAGGCGGAGUGGGUUCUGGACAACCGUCGGCCCCCUUCACACUGGCCACAGAAUGGCAAGAUAAACUUUGUGAACUAUGCCACACGAUACCGACCUGGCCUUGACCUUGUGCUCAAGGGCCUCACUUGCGAGAUUGAUGGAUCGCAGAAGGUUGGGAUUGUAGGAAGGACUGGAGCAGGCAAGUCGUCCAUGACGGUGGCAUUGUUCCGUCUUAUUGAGGCAGCAUCAGGAAGCAUUGUCAUUGACGGUAUUACUGCGGGAAAUAUUGGUCUCCAUGAUCUCCGGUCCAAGCUGACCAUCUUACCCCAGGACCCAGUUCUGUUUUCUGGCACGAUGAGGAUGAACCUUGAUCCAUUCAACCAGCACACAGAUACUCAGAUCUGGCAGGCACUGGAACAUGCGCAUCUUAAGAAGUUUGUGCAUCAACUCCCCGUCCAGCUGGAGUAUGAGUGUGGAGAGGGGGGACAGAAUCUCAGUGUUGGUCAGAGACAGUUGGUCUGCCUGGCGCGGACGCUGUUGCGGAAGACAAAGAUCCUGGUUCUAGAUGAGGCCACAGCAGCUGUGGAUAUGGAGACCGAUGAUCUGAUUCAGCAGACGAUCCGGACCGAGUUCAAGGAUUGCACUGUUAUCACCAUCGCCCACAGACUCAACACAAUCCUUGACUAUGACAAGAUCAUUGUGUUGGAUCAAGGAUUGAUAAAGGAGUUCGACAACCCAGAUAACCUACUCAAGGACAAGUCCUCUAUAUUCUAUGGCAUGGCCAAAGAUGCAGGCCUCACAUCUUGAUAGACUCCAAAUACAUAUACUGGCAGGUUUCAGCACAUGCACGCAAAUAUAUGGUGUAUACAUACACACACACAUCAGUGAUUGGACAGUUUCAGACCUGAAACUAAAGUAGUUCCGGAAUCCUGACAGUCAGACCUGAUGUCUCCAUGCAGCUUGUCAGUAAAUGACAUAAUGUCUACAGCAGCUCUGGCAUUAGAUAUGAGAAAUCCUGAUCUCCAAGGUUGACUGAUAUCCAUGUAUAUUUUUCUACCUGAUAUUUAUCAUUUUCUACAAUAUUAAUGUCAUUUAUGCUUAUUGUAGCCUGAUUUCCAUGGUGAUGAAUUUAGAGGUUGUGAUCAGGCAUGUGAUGCAGUGCCGUUAGAAAUAGUCCCAAUCUCCUCAGAUAUUGUUCAGAUACCAUCACAAGAAGUCCCCAAACCCUCAGAAAUAAUCCCAAUGCCAUCAGAAAUAGCCCCAGUCUAAUCAGAAAAAGCUCAAGUUCAGUCACAAGUAGUCCCAGUACCAUCUGAAAUAAUCCCAGUGCCAUCAGAAAUCGUCUCGCAGCCAUCAGAAAUCGUCUCACGGCCAUCAGAAAUAUACUAGCGGAAUAAAGUAACUGUGCAUUAUUUGAUGUUAUGCCAUAUUUUAAUGCAAAUAGAUAAUAACAUGAUUUGUGGUGUUUUCCUUAACUGUUAAACUGUUGACAGGAUAAGAUCGAAAUCUGUAGGAUUUCACACUAGGCAUCAUGACACGCUCUUGAAGAGUUCACAAAUUCAGCAUCGUGUGUCCACCAUUGGUGUUGAUGCAGGUUUGACAACAACGACGACGACACUAAACGAUUGAAGAUAGCUUGCUAAUUGAUGCUCCAUGUCUGCUCCAUUUCAUCCCAAACAUUGUCAACAGAGAACGGGUCCGGAGAAACAGCUGGCAAGGGGAGUACCGGAAUGUUCUUCUGCCUGAGGAAAUC